GUGAGACCUGAAGAAAGAGCAAUCCCAAAUUAUUUUUUGACAUGCGACUAUUGUCACUGGAUAAUAAGUGAUUACUUCAAGCUUCCAUCAUGUGGCUCCAUCUACUGGCACUGCUGGUCUUCAUUCUCCUGUACAGAUGGUACAGGAACAGCCUGACGCUAGAAAAUCUAUCAGAUGAAUAUGUGCUGAUAACAGGGUGUGAUUCGGGAUUUGGAAACCAGCUGGCAAAGAGGCUGGAUAAACGUGGAAUGAGGGUGAUGGCAACCUGUUUGACUGUGCAGGGGGCAGAGAACCUGAAGAAGGAGACGUCCAGCAGACUACAGACAGUAAUCCUUGACAUUGCAGACAGUAAUAGUGUCCAGUCUGCUGCCAAGUGGGUCUCUGAUGUUCUUCAUGAAAAAGGGCUUUGGGGCUUGGUAAACAAUGCUGGAACUGGUAUGCCUGGAGCACCUAAUGAGUGGCUAUCAAGAGAUGACUUUGGAAGAAUUUUGAAUGUAAAUCUACUUGGUCCUAUCGAUGUGACCCUCAGACUUUUGCCUUUAAUCCGCAAAUCGAAAGGCCGCAUAGUUAAUGUUUCAAGUAUCGUAGGAAGAGUGACUAUUUGUGGGGGAGGAUAUUGUGUUUCUAAAUUUGGGGUUGAGGCAUUUUCAGACAGUCUGAGACGUGAAAUGAAACCCUUUGGCGUACAAGUCUCUAUUAUAGAACCAGGGUACUUUAAGACGGGACUGAAUAAUAUGCAGUCAAUGAAGGAUACUCUAAGGACAAUAUGGAGGAACGUCCACCCAGAAAUCCGUUAUAGCUAUGGAGAAAAAUAUUUCAAAGACUAUGUGUGUGACAUGGAGAAAACAUUUCUCUCCCUUUGUAACACAGACCUAACACCUGUCACAGACUGCAUGGAGCAUGCACUCACUGCCGUGUACCCUAAAACACGCUAUUCUGCAGGAUGGGAUGCCAAACUUUUCUUUAUUCCAAUUUCUUAUAUCCCAACUGUGCUGGCUGACUGUCUCCUUACUUGGUCUGCCCCGACUCCAGCUCAUUGAUUGUAAUAGAUAUAGGUUGCAUUUUUGUGCUUUUGUGUUUUAUGGUAAAGUUGAUGAUGUGGCACGCUGUUUGUUACCUACAUGGAAAUUUAGAAGUAAAAGCAGAGUGCCAUGUAUGCUCAUGCUACAUCCUGAAGAUCUUACUGUAAUAAAAAAAAAUACUAAAUAGAAA